AUGCUGCCGUGUUUGACCGGAAGCUUUCCCGAGGACGACCUCUGUGGUUAUAAUGAGCUAAGCAGCAUUAUCAGGGAGUAUGUCCCAGAUCAGCGCACCGAAAUUGCAGAUUUUGGCUGCGGGUAUAGCGGCGUACUUCUUUCGCUAUAUGGUCAAGGAUAUCACCUGUUGACGGGCAUCGACAUCGAUUAUGCCGUAGUUAGCAAGAUGGCCGAGAAGACCAAGACAAUAGAGUCAAUUGACUGGAGGGCAGAGGAUAUCCGCAGCUUACCCCUUCCGAAUGAAACGUUUGGCUGCAUUCUCUUUAAGAAUGUGUUUUCUAUGACUACCUUACAGCUAGAUAUUUGCAGCGCUAUAGAAGCCGUUCACGAGGCCCACCGUGUGCUCUGCCAUAAUGGUGUCUUGAUUUGUGUUAGUACUCUAUCCUCGGAGCAACUUUCCAUGGUCUUACAAGGACCCGGACUGACAUGGACUCCUGUGUCCAUAUCCACUUCACAUUCCCUUGCCGGCGCAGAACAACAGCCUGCGCCUCGUGUUCCUUAUAUCGUCGCAAUUCUCCGGAAGCCCUGA